GGUAUUAAUUAUUGUUGUUUGUGUCUUGUAAAUAAAUCGUGUCGUGUGGGAUUAAGCCUAUUUUAUAUUGAGAAGAACAUAUUAUUGUGUCUCAAUUGGUUAAAUUGUUUAUUUUAGACUGAUUUAUAAUUUUAUGUGAUACGAGGGAUACGUGUUUGGGAAUUAUAUUUUUGAAAGUAACUUGUGUUGAAUGUAUAAAGAUUUACUUAACCUAUGAUAUAAUUUUGUAUUUGUGUUCAGUAAUUUUGGAACAUAAUGGCUCUAGACCAAUUGUCUUCAAGGGGUUCAACACUAGAGGACCCAACAGAUCCUUCUCAGGCCUACCAACCUUUCAUGUUGAUGGACGACUUGAUGGAUAAACUAAAAGUGUUGAAUUAUGAUGAUGAGUUUAUAAAGGCACUGAAAAUGAGACCUUUCAGCAGGUAUUACUUUGCAAUACAAACCAACCCAGGGGAGCAGUUUUUCUUGUUCACCUCCUUGGCAGCGUGGCUGGUGCGUAAAAUGGGGCGGCCAUUUGAGCAGCCUCAGGAGUACGAUGAUCCUAAUUCUACAAUAGCCACAGUACUGGAUGCUACACGAGAUCUUGGCAUCACUAUUGACUUUGCUCCCAAUAAGUUGAAGCAAGGGUAUGGUAGACAUGCUAUAUACAUCCUAAACUGCCUUGCCGACAAAGCGAUGGAGCACGUAAAGUUUAUCUGGAAUAAGCCAAAACCUCCAGUGGAGUUGGAAGUAGAGGAACAGCCUAUAGAUGACGAAGCAGAGUUGCUAUUGGAAAAAAUUGAAGAAGAAAUGGCAGCUGAAGACUCUGAAGAGGAUGAGGACAAUUUGCUGCAUAUUGAUGAUCUCCAGAACAUCACAAACAUUAACAAGAGUUUAUUGGAGUCCCAAAAACAGGAAGAGAUUCUGGAAUCAAAUACUAACACUGAGGAAUGGAGGCUAGAAAUAGAGCGAGUCUUGCCUUUGCUGAAAGUUACUAUAAAAACUGACUCCAGGGAUUGGAGGGCUCACUUGGAGCAGAUGAAACAGCACCGAGGAGGACUUCAGGAGUCUCUUUGCUCAGCGUCCAGUCAACUGGAGAGACUAGCAGCAGAUGUGGACAACACACUCAGCAAGAUACAGAGCAGGGAGAAGUUCCUUAACAGUCAGCUGGAGCCUCUCCUCUACCAGUAUAGGACUAUACAGGAUGAGUUGGCCAAGAUCUCUGAGCAGUACAGGGAGGUGAGUGGUGGUGUGACAGAGCGUCAGAAGACGCUGGCCCGACUCACGGAUGAGCUGGAAUCAGUCAAACAGGAGAUGGAAGAACGAGGCUCCAGCAUGACUGAUGGAUCUCCAUUGGUGAAUAUCAAGAAGGCCAUGAGUAGGCUGAAGGGUGACAUCACAGCGAUGAAUGUUCGCAUCGGAGUGCUGGAGUAUUGCAUCACACAAGCUCGACUGCGAGAUAAGGACUUGCUGCAGAGUGAGCUCACCCCAUCCAUUGUGUGAUUUAUAAUCCACUUAGUGAUGUUUCUAGUCAAAGCGAUCUCACAUUCACUAAUUCACUGAUGUUAUAACACUUUUUUUGAACACUAUUGAAUUUUUAUGUUAUAUUUCAAAUAAGUAAACUCACAUUUAUGUAAUUAAUUUUGUGGUAUACUUUGUAAUAAACACAAAUGUAAUUUUUAA